AACCCGAUAUUUUCGGGAUGCGGGUCGAAAUCGGGUGGGUGGAUUAGGUUCUCGGUUAUAUCCGAAUACCCAAUUUAUUUUUUAUUUUUUUGUUUGUUUUUAUUUAUUGUUUUUAAGAAUUCAUACUCCCUAUAAUUAAAUAAUUAAAUUAGGCUUUAUAAAUCACUUCACUCUUCAUCUCUCACACUCUCGCUCACUUUCUCUCUGGCUCUCUGCCGUCUGGUCGCUGCCUCUCCUCGCUCUGCCGUCGGCGCUCCAAGCAGUAGCAGCAGGCAACAGGCAGAAACAGUGCGCGCCUCCGCCGCCACCAUCCCCACCUCCGUCCGGUCGUCGCCGCCGCCACGCCCUGCCUCGCCUUCGUAUCCACUUUUUGAAUCAUGUGAUUUCAACAAUAUUCCUGCCAAAUAGAAAAUUCUUCUGUAAAUUGGGUUUUAGGAUAUCCGAUAGAAAAUUAUAUCGGGUCGGAAUCGGGUAUCCGACCCGUUUGCACAGUCCUUAGUAAUUAUUUAUUCCACCCCUUUCCAUCUCUCCACAACUCUCUCUCCAAUCACCAAUUCUCUCUCAUCUCUGCAGAUUUUCUUCGCUUCUCAGCCUCUAUAAUUAAGCUAUAAAAUUUGGGAAGAUGUCCGGACAGACUCAGCGCUUGAAUGUUGUUCCGACUGUGACAAUGCUUGGCGUAAUGAAAGCUCGACUGAUUGGGGCUACGAGAGGCCAUGCAUUGCUCAAGAAGAAGAGUGAUGCCCUGACUGUGCAAUUUCGGACAAUCCUAAAGAAAAUUGUUUCCACGAAGGAAUCCAUGGGAGAUAUCAUGAAAACUUCCUCCUUUGCCCUUACAGAAGCUAAAUACGUUGCUGGUGAUAAUAUCAAACACUCUAUUCGCGAAAAUGUCAAAAGUGCAUCACUCAAGGUUAGAUCACAUCAGGAAAAUAUUGCUGGUGUGAAACUUCCCAAGUUUGAAUACUUCGUGGAUGGAGAAACUAAGAAUGACUUGACUGGUCUAGCAAGAGGAGGCCAGCAGAUCCAAGCAUGCCGCGCAGCAUAUUUGAAAUCUAUUGAGCUGCUCGUUGAACUUGCUAGCCUCCAGACAUCGUUCCUGACCCUUGAUGAGGCAAUCAAGACCACAAAUCGUAGGGUCAAUGCGCUGGAGAAUGUCGUGAAGCCACGCAUAGAGAACACAAUAAGUUACAUCAAAGGAGAGUUGGACGAACUGGAGAGGGAGGACUUCUUUAGGCUGAAGAAGAUUCAAGGUUACAAGAGGAGAGAGGUCGACAAGCAGCGUGAAUCUGCCAAGGCGUAUGCUGAAGAGAAGGUUGCUGAAGAAAUGUCAUUGCAGAAAGGUAUCUCUCUUACUUCAGCCCAUGACCUGCUAUCCCAGUCGAAGAAAGACGAGGACAUAAUCUUUUGAAAGAGCUUUAUUAGUUUGAGUUUGUUCAAAUUAUGUUGUGUGAUCUUGCUAUAUUCCAUGUCUCUUGUUUAUAAGGCAUUAUAUUAUUAUUUGGCGAAGAGUUAUUUUCCCGAAAUAAGAGCCUUAUGUAUUUAUUCGUCAACUCAUAAAUCUUGAAGUUUCUUGGUAAAAUACAUCUGGUGAUCUUUAUUUGAACUUUUUCCUUUGAUAGCUUGAUGAUGUAAUUGAAUAAUCUAUUCAUCCAUCUAUAGUUCAUGAAGUUUUGUAUUUUUAUUUUGGUAGUGAGGCCACUAGAACUUGAAGAUAAUGAAGUGAUGUACUUUGUCUUAAA